CUGCGGGAGCGGAAGUAGUGAAGAAUUGCAGCAGGUUUUCGUGCAGUCCAACAAACUACGCAUUUUGUCUGCGGGAUAUUCUGCGCUUUAACCUGAACAUGAAGCAGAGCUCCAGCGUCCCGGCGUUCCUCAGCAAACUGUGGACGCUGGUGGAGGACGGAGACACCAACGAGUUCAUCUGCUGGAGCCAGGAAGGAAACAGCUUCUUGGUUUUGGACGAGCAGCGCUUUGCCAAGGAGAUCCUCCCCAAGUUCUUCAAGCACAACAACAUGGCCAGCUUCAUCAGGCAGCUCAACAUGUAUGGCUUUCGUAAGGUGAUGCACAUCGAUACAGGCAUCGUGAAGCAGGAGAGGGACGGUCCGGUGGAGUUUCAGCAUCCUUACUUCAAACACGGACAGGAUGACCUGCUGGAAAACAUCAAGAGGAAGGUUUCUAACACUCGGCCAGAAGACAACAAGAUCCGACAGGAGGACCUGACCAAGAUCCUGGCGAGUGUCCAGAGCGUCCACAGCAAACAGGAGAACAUCGACGCCCGGCUGGCAACGCUGAAGAGGUUCCUGACUCUGACUGUGUGUUUUCAGUCGACAGUAAACAGUCUGAACGGAGUGAAGAACUCCGAGGUAUCAGAAGACAUCAUCAUCUGCGACCUGACGGAGAACGAAGCCGAGGUGACGGCCGAGAUCACCGAGGAGUCGCCCAGAGCCUUCGAACAGGGAGAUGUGGAGAUCGUGGAGGUGGAGCUGGACAGUUGUGGUGUUCUGCCGGCUGAGAUGGAGGUGAGUACCAGCAACGACACCAAACCAACAGAAGUGGCAGCAGAUGUCGGGCAAUGGAGCAGCUCAUUGGACAGCAGCGCACCGACCAGCAGCUCAUUGGACAGCAGCAAACCAACCAGCAGCUCAUUGGACAGCAGCAAACCGACCAGCAGCUCAUUGGACAGCAGCGCACCAACCAGCAGUGCCCUGCAGCUCAACAAACCGUCCGGUCUGAGUCUGGAGGACCCAAUGAAGAUGAUGGACUCCAUCCUGAAUGAGAAUGGAGCCAUAUCCCAGAACAUCAACCUGUUGGGAAAGGUGGAGCUCAUGGAUUACCUGGACAGUAUCGACUGCAGCCUGGAGGACUUCCAGGCCAUGCUGUAUGGAAAACAGUUUGGCAUAGAUUUUGAUGCCGUGGAGGAGAACGUUUCCUCCAAAGAAAACCUGAGCCAGCAGAACAGAAGCCGGACCAACGACCACAACACAGAUAAGCAGCUCAUCCAGUACACCUCCUGCCCCCUGCUGGCCUUCCUGGAUGGUUGCACCCCUCCUUCAGACCUGGAUCUGGGCAGCAGCUCCUCCAGCUCCCACCUCCAACCCUCUGCUACCUCUGUGGAGACCGAACCGCCCUCGGAGCUGCUGGACGUCAGCCUGGAGGCGAAGCAGCCUCCUAGCAGCUCCCUGAUCCGCCUGGAGCCUCUGACGGAGGCCGAGGCCAGCGAGGAGACGCUCUUCUACCUGUGUGAACUGAGUCCGGCUGAGGCAGAGUCCAGCCAGCUGAGCAGAGCCGUGUGACGCCGGUUUGGCAUGUGGUCACCUGCAGCUUUGCAUUUGGUGGGAAGCAGAGAUGAAAGAAACUCUGGCUGCUGAGGGAACUUUUAGGUUUUAGACUUUUGCAUUGAGUCAUUGAGAUAAAGUCUGUUUUAUUCAAUAAAAUAAGUUCAAUAACCUGAAGCAGAUGAUCAACCUGCUUGUCUCACUGUCAGACCAGAACAGUCUGCUGCAGGUGAGAAACUCUGCAUUCCUCUAAACCAAGAGGAACACAGUAGAUGAGGAGAAAACAGUGAAAUGUGCAGCCGGUGGCAGGUUUGUACCUGAAGUCUGCAUCAGCUGAGUCAGAAUGUUAACGCUGAGAAACUUCUUCCAAGCUGAACACAAAGCUGCAGAAGCAGGCUGAUGAGUCUUUACAUACAUGAGACAUGUACAUACAUGUUCUGUGCACAUUCAGCAGUCAUCCAGCUGAUCAUCUGUGGUCACGCAUUCACAUCACCCAAAGCAUGAUGGGAGCUGUAGUAUUCAAAUAUGAAACACUCAACUCCAAAUGGUAUUAAAAAGGACAGCAAACAAAGUCCACCAACAAUACUGGCGCUGCUUGUGGUGGUGACUCUGCUGUAAAUCUGAGCACAGACAAACUUUGAAAGUUAACUUUCUCAUUUAGAGGACAACAGAACUUCAUUCCAACACGUUUUUCAAUGCAAAGGUCUAAAUAGUAAAAAUGUCAUGAAGGACACAAAUUGUGUGGUACUGAAGCACAGCAGAGUCCAUCGCUCAGCGCCGUCUGGUCCAGAGACGAAGCGGUCCUCAUGUCGUCCAGCAUCGGAGAGACUCUGUAAAUAUGUCUGAGAAUCUAUUUAUUCUGGUUUCUGUUCAUCUUUUGCUACGUGUUUGUCCACAGAGCUACAUUCCCUCAGUGUCAUGUUCAACUGGGAACAUCAAUUUAAGGAAGUUCAGAGACAGAAAGUGAAGACUGAACCUCGGUCACGUCAUUUCAUGGUUGAUAAAGCAGGAACACCAGAACUCUCCAUCACCUGAGCGCGUCGACUGUAAAUGUGAAUACAGAGAAUAAAGUGUGAAUCUGUAAAGAACGUUUUCAUGUCAGAUCUGAAUCUGUCCUGGAUUCCUUCUGCAGUACAACAAUAAAACUGUCUGUGUCACUUUA